UUCUCUUUGACUUGAGACAUUGACGUAGUUGUCAAAGCUUUAAUUUUAAAUUAUCUUAUAAGAGUUACAAGUUAGAAUAGAAAAUAAUCACGCAGCUGUUAGUUUAAAAAAUGCGGCUGUGUCUGGGUUUGGUGACCUAAUCCUGAAAUAGAAAUAGCUUUCAAUAAUCGGCAUCAAAAUUUUCAAAGCAAUAGUUUGUUUUAAAAGAGCAAAGGCUUAAGACACUCUUUUCGUUGGAGAAUCGUACAAAAUGGGCAGCCGAAUUAGAUUACAAGAGAGUAACCAUGAAAAAAUGUUUUCAUGGAAUUAUUUAAAAGGAUUAGUGGUGAAUCCGGCUCAACUCCCUUUUAUGGCUUUUCUUAUAAUAGUUGCCGAGUUUAUCCUCAAUGUAUUGAUAGUAGAAAAAGUGCCGUAUACAGAAAUAGAUUGGAAAGCGUAUAUGCAAGAGUGCGAAGGAUUUUUAAAUGGAACACUUGAUUACAGCAAACUUCGAGGAGAUACUGGACCUUUAGUAUAUCCAGCAGGUUUCGUGUAUAUAUAUUCUAUAUUUUAUUUUCUUACAAAUAAAGGUCAAAAUAUAAAAUUAGCCCAACACCUUUUUAUUAUGGUCUAUCUUUUAUUACUAAGUUUUGUUCUUAGAAUUUAUAUUAAAACUAAAAAGGUGCCUCCAUAUGUUCUUGUUAUUACAAUAUUAACUUCAUAUAGAAUCCAUUCUAUUCACAUUCUACGUAUGUUUAAUGAUCCAGUGGCUGUUCUUUUCCUAUACAUAUCUAUGAAUUUCUUUCUUGAUUCAAAAUGGUACUUGGGUAGUAUUUUUUACAGUUUAGCAGUUUCAAUAAAGAUGAACAUUCUUUUGUAUGCUCCUGCUUUAUUUUUCUUUUAUUUAGUUAAUCUUGGACUUAAGCAUACCAUUAUACAAUUAUUUGUAUGUGGUAUAAUACAAUUAGCAUUAGGAUUGCCAUUCUUAAUAGUGAAUCCAAUGGCAUAUAUCAAAGGUAGUUUUGACUUGGGCCGAGUAUUUAAUCACACGUGGACAGUUAACUAUAGAUUUUUAGACACUAAAUUAUUUGAAAGUGUCUAUUUUCAUCUGACAUUGUUGUCUGUACAUAUUAUGCUUUUGAUAAUAUGUGUGCCCAUGUGUAUUAAAUACUUUCAAAGUUAUUGCCGUUUGAAAUUUGUACAAAAACAAGUACAACCGCAAAUAGAGGCAAAGAAUAAGGAAAGAAGGUCUAAGUUGAAAAAAGACAUUAAAAUGAAAAUAAAUUCAAAUAUUGAUAAAGAAGAAAAACUUUCUAAGGAACAAGAACAAUUUAUUAAUUCUUUUGAAAUGAUGCUACAAAAGUCUUCACAAAAAAGUGGCGAUAAGAUAUCUAAGAAGAUUGUUAAUAAUGAGAAUGAUAUGGCUUACAGUAUAAACUUUGACAUUUUGUCACAAUUGUUUGUCCUUCCGAUGUUUCUAGUUAAUUUUAUAGGCAUUGUAUGUGCUCGUAGUUUACAUUAUCAAUUUUAUUCAUGGUAUUUCCAUACCUUACCAUAUUUAUUAUGGUCUACUAAUUACACUAUAAUUAUCAGAUUUUUAAUAUUAGCUCUAAUAGAAUUUUGUUGGAACACUUAUCCAAGUACUGAUAUAACUAGUGCAAUGUUACAUAUAUGUCAUAUUAGUAUAUUAUAUGGAGUUUGUAAAAAAAUGUCUGCAGAAUUAAAAAUAGCAUCUAAGAUAAAAUGACAGUGUCAAUUGUAUACAUUAUAUAUGAAAGGUAAAUAAUAUUUACCAAUAAACAAUGUUGAAUUUGUGUUUAUUUAUUGUAUUCUUUUUUAUGUAUAUUUGGAAUAGUUAAUAAAGCUAAUUAGGAAAUUAAUAAUCUGUAAUCUAUAUCAACUCUUUUCUAAUUAUAAAUUAGUAAUUUUUUGCAUCAUUGCUUCCCUUUCAGUGUAUAGCUAUAUUGU